GUCAUUUCCUUUGAAGGUAAACGCCAUUUUCUCUUGUGCCGAAGAGGACUGUGUGUAAAAUUUAGCUACACGGACGAAUAUAAUGCAUCUAUAUAUAGAUGCAAUUUCCUGAUAUCAUAGUUAGCAUACAUUUGAGCCAGCCAAGUACUGUGGGGAGUGCACCUCUGUACUGGCACCUACGCUCACUUUUGUGCAGCUUGUGUGCUGACUGGCGGAUAUACUUACAAUUACGAAAAAGCGGGAGCUCCUUCGAAGACUCGCGUUAAGGUGCAAGAGAUGUAUCAAGUUCCUGUUUCAGGCUUGGACAAAAUCAGAAGAUCAAGGAAGAAUGUGAAGAGUUUUUUAAGCGAAUUUGGACUUGAGCAAUGUCAGGUCUUUUCCCAGGAGCUGCAGGAAGAUGAUCCAGUGGAAAUAGCCUUCAAUGACACUGAAUGGAGUGAUCUCACAGUAGGAUACCAUGGCAGGAGGAAGAAAAAGUGGAGGUAUCGGACAGGGGCACUGUGCUGUAGCCUGUGUAAGUACUCCGCACGCUCUUGGAACUCGUUCCAUGGCCACAUCAAGUGCUACCAUCCAGAGGGGAAGAAACUGGCUUUCCUGAGUGCUUGUUCUGCCUGUUCAUUUAUUGGUCACCCCAGAUCCCUAAAGAAACAUUUUUCAUUAUUUCAUUCGGACCUUCCCAAACCCCAGCCGCUGGACUCUGGAUUUUCGGCAUUGAGGAACACAUCGGCUGUUGAUAAAUACAUCUGUAGGAAGUGUCCAUAUGAGGACUCCUUGCUUUACUGCAUAAAGAAACAUGUUCUCUUCAGACACUGCCUCAGUCUGUGGCAGCAAUAUGCUGGUCAGAAAACGGAGAGUGAGCAGAAAGCUGAGGGAGGUCCUGAUAAAUUCUACUGUAAGAGCUGUGGCACGUCUGCUGAGACAACUGAACAUCUAGUGUAUCACAUUUUGACCUCUGAGAAACACAAAGAUCUAGAUGGCCACAUCCAUGGCUUGAUCUGGCAAAAAUUUAAGCACAAAAAAUCCUACCCUGUUCUUGCUCCAAAAGCCCAGCUAGCGCUCGCUCCAAAGCCAGUUCCAACUAAUCCAGCCCUGUUAAAUCCUGUCCCUGUAGUUGCAUCACCCAGCAACCGGCUGCCAGUGAGCGGUGGGCCUACACCUGGUAUGGUUGUGCAGGGGUUAUCCAAUAGCAGUAACGCACUGCUGUAUGGACAGGGGGGCACACAGCUCCUUCCUGCUCAGGCUGCAGCCCUGGUUCAGCUGGCCAGUGCAGAGGCGAAGGGUUUACUUCGACCUGAUGUUCCAGUGCCCCUUCCCAGCGCACAGCCUGCUAAAGUCAUCUCUGACCCUUUGUCUACACUUGGAAGUGUACCCCCAGUCUUGCCUGCAAUGCCAACAGGUCCUAAUAAGCUAGCGCCCAUGGCUGUUGGAUCUUUUGGACCACCGACGGUUAAACAGCAGCUGAUGUCUCAGCAGAGAGCAGCCUCACUGACCAUUUCUAGACAAGGCCUCUCAGGUCUCGCACCUCAGCCUGCUUUAAUAACCAAAAGUCAAACUGCUCCCAUGGCUACGAUGCUAACAUCCCAGUCCCUGCUGAGUCACCUCAUUCCUACAGGCAACAAGGUCAACGGCCUGCCAACCUACACUUUAGCCCCGCUGCAGGUCAACGUAUCUGUUCACUCAAGUAAGGGACCAGUGGUCAGUAAAGUGCCAAUUCCAGUAUCCCAGAACAACUCUGCAUCCCAACCAAACAAGCCAUCUGGCACAUCACUGGAAUCUGGUAAAACCAAAAAGUGGACAACCUGUCGUUUCUGCAAGGAGCUUUUCCCGUCUACUGUCUACCAUGUACACAUGGAGAUUCACAAACUUAAGUCAAAAACUGGUUUGGCUGCAAGGGCACCAUUCUUAAGGAAAAUGCCUGACAAAACUGUUAAGUGUUUGAUGUGCAAAGUCCUACUUUCUGAAAAGGGACUUUUUGAGCAUAUGCAACAUGGAAUGACAUGCCUGUAUUGCCCAGGGAUGUUUUAUUCUAUCAAACACCUCAUCGAGCACAUAACGUCGGACCACAGCCCUUUGCAAAAGGAAAACAGUGAUUUCGUGAGAAGAGAAUAUAGACUUUAUUCAGAUGAAUGUGGCAAUCUGCUCUUCCCUUAUUUUGACAUCAACACAACUGCCCCAAAAGAAAUAUUGGGGGAACAUGAGGUGAAUCUGGCAUUAGUGACAAAUUCCCUUGACCUCAUUUUUGUGAAGAUGUCACCGAGUGCUGCAAAACCAUUAUGUCAAACAUCCACAAAGACAAACUUCAAGCUCUGUCCCUUCUGUUCAGACGAACUGAUGAGUGCAGAGGACCACCGCAUACACCUCAGAGAAAAGCACUUUAUUACUCCCACAAUCCAUGCCAUUCUCAAGACCCCAGCCUACAAGUGUGUGUACUGUGGUGGAGUGUACACUGGCAAAACUACCACAAAGGCCAUCACUGUUCACCUCCAGCGGUGCAAGUGUGCCCCCAAGACCACAUUCGAUGCCGAGAGGCUCCUACACAUUAAUGCACAUGGACGUAUGGGCACUCCGAGUAAUGGAAUCAACCAGCUUCUCAAGCCAACACAGCCCCUGCAGGUGCCCACAAAACCUAGCGUUGCCAAACCUGUCAAACUGAAUGAGUCUGAUGUGGAGAUUCAGAGGAAGAUGAGGCUCGAGAUGGCCGUGAAGGAGGCUAUGGAUGCAAACAAGCGGGAGCGGGAGGCCCGGGCUGCCAGGAAAAAGCUUGAAAGGGAAAAACCUGCUGUCGCUUCUCCCUCUGUUGCACCAGCAGUUCAGUUAGAUCCCUCUGUGCAGUUAGCCUUGGAUCCCACAGGCAUGUGGAAGCGCUCCUUUGAAGACAGACGGGAAUUUCUCACUAAGUACUUUCACACAAAACCUUAUUUGAACAAGGCUGAAUCAACCGCCCUUGCCAGUCAACUACUGCUUAACAAGUCAGAUGUGGCCUGCCACUUUGGAACGAAGCGCACCAAGUGCAUGAGGGCCAUGCAGAGACACAAGUCCAAGGUUCUUCUGGGUUUCAACAUGGCUGAACUGCGAAAGGUCAAGCAUAACCUGUAUGUCCCUGAGAUAGAGCCGGAGCGAGAAACGGAGAAAAGUGAUAGUGAAGCUCAGAGCGAAGAAAAUGACGCUCAAGUUGAAGAGAUGGAGGCACAGGACACAGACUAUGUGGGUGGGCAGGAGAUCAGAAGAGAUGAAGUACAGAAGCUAAAUGACGUGUGAUUCACCCUUCUCUCUAAAACUGAUUUGGAAUUUGGUUGCUGCUGAUUUUUGUUUAAAGUUUUGGUUCAAAUUAAUCAUUUUAAGUUACCCAAGAAUCUUGAUCAAUUUGAUUCAUCCAAGUAUAUUGUGAUUGUUCUGGGUACAUGUAAUCAAUCUUUGCUUUAGUUACAAUGUGUAUAAACUGCUUUUCAUAAUUGGAAUGAAAGUGUUCUUUACCAAGGCAAGUGAGUUUCUUUUUUAAGUUCUUUGAAAUAAAUUGUUGUACAGUGAUUUUGUGCUUUCUAUGUUUUCUUACUCUAUUAAUUUAUUUAAUGAAAAUUCAUAAACCAUACUUCAAGGCAACCUGUGAGCUAAAACACUGGUGUGGUUUAUAAAACAGAAUGGGACAAAGACCUUGCGAUAUGUACUUUUUUUUACAUCAAUUUUCAUAAUUCAUGCUAUGUCCUUAGACAGCAUUGUUGCAUUGGAUUUUCUUUCCAUAGAAACUUUGUCCUGAAAAUGUGCUCUUGUUUGUAGAACUAAAGACCUUUAUCGUGUGUUCUUGAAAAACCCAACAAAAAAAACUGAGCAGCUUAUUGCCACUGAGUGUCUGUAUUGUCGACCUAUUAAAAUGUAUGUCUUCAUG